AAUCCAGAAUACUUGCAUGGCACUGUGAGCGUUGCUAAGAUGCGCAGUCUGCACAAUUCCAGUUUUGCUUAGUUUUGUCGCAAGUUAGUUGUCAAACACGCGCAAGAUGGACUGUAAGGAUGACGCUAAACAUAAUAUCAGAGAAGCAGUGCAUUCAUUCGACGAUGUGCUGGAGCGACAAGUUGGAGCUUUCGGGCGAGGCCAACUGCUGCUGCUCUUGCUCGUAUCCACAUCACACAUCGCAAUGGCAGCGCUUCUAAUGCUCAUGGUGUUCACGGCGCGGGACCCCAUACCCGUGCCCGGCGCCUGGCACUGCGAGCCCGACUCCCCCGCACUCCCCGCCUGCACCCGCGUGCUCGCCGCCGUCUCGGGAACCAGCCUCAUCAGCAGUAGCAACAGCAGCAACAGCGGCAGUAGCAGUAGCAGUAGCCUCGUGCCCUCCUCCGCUACCCAUGGCCCGAACAGCACCGCAGCAACCACAACCACAACCAUGACCGCAACCACAGCCGCAGCCGCAGCCGCAGCCGCAGCCGCAGCCGCAGCCGCAGCCGCAGCCGCAGCCGCAGCCGCAGCCGCAGCCGCAGCCGCAGCCGCAGCCGCCACGGCGGCGUAUGCAGAUCUGGCGGAGCUCUCCACGCCCGCCGGCCUGCGCGCCGCCUUCUGCCGCCUGCCGCCCGGCGCCGCCAGCUGGACGGCGCCCGCCGCCAGCCUGCUGUCGUACUACGGCCUCACGUGCGGCCGCGAGUGGUACGUCAGCCUGCUCAACUCACUGUACUUUGUCGGACUGGCGGUCGGCGGUAUGGCGUUCGGCGCGGCGUCAGACAGGUGGGGUCGGCGGCGGUGUCUGUACGGCUGUGCGGGACUGGCGGCGGCCGCCAGUGUGGGCGAGGCGGCGGUGCCGGCGGCGGCGGGGCUGGCGGGGUUCUGGGCGCACGGCGUUUGCCGGCUGGUGGCGGCGGCGGCCAUCCAAGGCAUGGCCAUUGCGGACGUGGUGUUGGUGACGGAGCUGGUGGGUCCCGACUAUCGCGGCCGGGUGGGCAUCCUCACACAGUCCUUCUUCAUCGCGGGAGAGUGCCUGCUGGCGCUCCUGGCCGCCUUCGUCCGCGACUGGCGACUGCUCACGCUGCUGUGCGCCGCCCUGCCCGCCGCCUUCCUGGCCACACGGCUGGCCGUACCCGAGUCGCCGCGCUGGCUGGCGGCGGCCGGCCGGCGGCGCGAGGCGGCGGCGGCCCUGGCGGCGCUGGCGGCGUUGAACGGCCGCGACGGGCGGCAGGAGAGCAGCGCUGCGGCAAUUGAGGCGGCGCUGGGUGUGGCGCUGGAUUCGGAUCCGGAUUCGGAUUUGGAUUCGGAGUUGGAUUUGGACGCGGAGCAGGGGGCAAAAGGGAAGGCGGAUGUGGAGCAGGGCCACGGGACGCGCCAGCAGCGGUCGCCGGCGACAGCAGCAGCAGCAGCAGCAGCAGCAGCAGCAGCAGCAGCAGCAGCAGCAGCAGCAGCAGCAGCAGGAGUACCUGCAGGAGCAGCAGUAGUACCUGCAGGAGCAGCGGCCGGCCGGGCGCCCAAUCUCUUGGGCAAGGCCGAAGGUGUGGAGGCAGCAACGGAGGAGGAGGUCGGAGGAGAGGCGGCAUCGCUGCUGUUGCACGCGCAGGGCUGGUCUGCGGGUGUGGCCGAGGGGGAUGCCGCCGCCACCGCCGCACACGGCGACACCGCGCAUGACCACCACCUCACCGGCUGCAGCGCCACCGACAGUAGCGGCUUUGGCAGCAGCGCCGCCGCCAGUGGCGGCUGCACGAGCGGCAGCAGUAGCAGCAGCAGCAGCAGUAGCAGCGGCAGCAGCGGCAGCAGCAAAGGGGGCACGGAAGCUCGCCACGCGGCUGCCGAUGUGGCCGCAGCCGCUGCGGCUCCGCACCCCCACCACGCCCACCACGCACACCACGCCCAGCCCCACCGCCACCACCACGCCCCGCCGCCCACGCUGUGCCAGGCCGCCCGCCACCCCCUGGUUCUGUCGUACUUUGGGCUGCUGUCCUUCGCGCUGUGCACGCUCGUCCUGUCGUACUACGGCAUCGGCUUCGCGCUGUCGUACAUCCCGGGCAGUCUGUACGUCAGCUUCUUCCUCAUCAGCAUCGCCGAGGCGCCCUCCAGCCUGGUUGUGGGCCUGCUGAUUGACCGGGUGGGGCGCUGCGGCCUGGUGCUUGCCGGCAUGGCCGUGAGCGGCCUGGCCUGCAUCGCCUGCGGCCUGGCGGAGGGGGCGCCGCUGGCGCAGGUGCUGUUUGCCAUGCUGGGCAAGUUUGGCUGCAGCGGCGCCUGGUCGGUGCUGGUGGUGUACUGCGCCGAGGUGUUCCCCACUUCGGUGCGCUCGGUGGCCUCGGGCGCCAUCUUCCAGGGCGCGCGGGCGGGCGGCGUGGCGGCGCCCUUCGUGUUCCUGCUGGGGGACGCCACGGGUGUGGUGCAGGCUCCCUUCUGGCUCAUGGGCGGCGUCACGCUGGUCGCCGCCUGCGCGUGUGUGCUCCUGCCCGAGACGGCCGGAUGCGACCAGCCCGAGAGCCUGCAGCAGCUGGAGGCCAAUGCGGGGCGGACCCCGGCGGCGGCGGCGCGGGAAGACCAUCAGAGUGACAUGCACGACGGAGUUGCGCCUGCCAAGGAGUAAUGCUUUAUUUAAUGCCUUUCAUUGCACGGGCGUGUCUAACGUCAAUGGGUAUCUGCGCGCCACGUGACAUUUCAUUUCAUGAAUCGGGAAACAGUCCUGCCGGCGGGGGAACCUGAUGGAGAUCGCGGCUGCACGUAGGGUACGAGAGCCGGUGAGGGGGGGGGGCUUGGCUAGGUUUGGCCGCUUGCGUGAGUGAGACGCCUGACCGCGUCUGGGUGCCGUCUUAGCCCACGUGCCGUUGGCACGGUAGGGAUGGGGCCGCAGGAGACUACGGUAUUCAGCAUUUCAGCAGUGACGAAAGCUGGAAGCUGGCGGUGUGCGAGGCCGCUUUGGGUUCGUUUGGCGGUUUGGGCACAGGGCACUGCAAAUGGUGCUACAGGUGUUGAUGACGGUUGGUGCCGUGCGGCCGAGUGGGAGGUUACGGAUUGCUUUUGACGCAGCCUGCUACACGGCAAGCAGUUCAGGAAUGUCCAGGAUACCAGAAUGGACAUGCAGCUUGUAAAUCAUAGCUCGU